AUGAUGGAUGCUCAGAACCACCUCUAUGAUCUCAUCAAGGGUGGCUACGCGACGCAUAUCAUCCCUCUCGAAAUCGGCGGCUCGAACGGUUUGCAGGGUCUCGUGUUGGGUGCAUCAACUAACAUGAAUGUGCCAUGUGUAGAUGGUGACUGGAUGGGCCGAGCAUAUCCAACAAAGUGGCAGACAACCCCGGUCGUCUUCGGCGAGCGAGAAAUCGUGUUCGCACCUGUUGCAGUGGCCGAUGGCAAUGGCAACACGCUAUAUAUGCCAACUGCAACGAGUGACCUCAAAGUCGAACAGGUCAUCAGAGCAGCACUAAGCCAGAUGGGUAGCUCCGUCGGAACAGCCGAUGCCCCGGUUACAGGCGCUGAAACAAGACGUUGGGCUGUUGAACACACAAUCUCGCUAUCAUGGAGGAUAGGACGUGAAGUAGCACGCGCGCGCAAAGAGAACAGAAUUGACAACGUCGCGCAAUCAAUUAUCGAUGCGGUUGGAGGUUCUGAAACAGGCCGUGCGCUUUUCAAGGGCAAGAUUGUUGGUGUAGAGCGCAAGCUGUACAUGGGCCAUGUGUACGGCGAGGUGAUCAUAGAAGCUACGGGAAGCGAGUACCAGGGCAAGAUCAAGAUCCCCUUCAAGAACGAGAACAUUGCUGCGAUUCGGAUACCGGAUAGUGGAGAAAGCACUACUGGGGAGGAAAAGAACGAAGAUGUUCUGGCUAUCGUUCCCGAUCUUAUCGCGGUCAUUGAUGCGCAAAAUGGCGAGGCUAUCGGAACGCCAGAGUAUCGGUACGGACUACUGGUCUCGGUGAUCGGUAUCACUGCGAGUGAGCGCUGGACUAGUCCGAAGGGUAUUGAGAUUGGUGGCCCGAAGGCAUUUGGGUUGGACCAUCUGGAGUACAAGCCUUUGGGCAAGUUUGUGAAGCCUGUUAGCGUUAUCGACGAAUAUGACGGAAAGGCAUGA